GAAACGGUUGUUUGCCUUCUGUUGUUAGCUAUAACAUAUUGAUCAAUGGAUAUUGUAAGAAUAGAAAAAUUGAUGAGGCAAUAAGUCUAUUUCGUGAAAUGUCUAACACCGGAAUUUUUCCCGAUGUUGCCACUUACAACACCCUAAUUGGAGGGUCUUGCCGAGUUGGAAGACCUAAAAUUGCAUUAGAGCUACUCCACGAGAUGCAAGGUUGUGGCCAACCUCCAGAUCUCCAAACUUGUGCUAUUUUGUUUGAUGGCCUGUGUAAGAAUUUACACUUUACUGAGGCAAUGACAUUGUUUCAAGAGAUGGAAGACAAAAAAUUACACCUUGAUAUUGUGAUUUACAACAUCUUGAUUCAUGGUAUGUGUAAUGCUGGGAAACUUACAACUGCAAGUGAAUUAUUUAAUGCUCUUCCUACCAAAGGUUUUCAACCAAAUGUUUUCACAUACACUAUAAUGAUCAAAGGGCUUUGCAAAGAGGGACUACUAAAUGAAGCGAGGGAAUUAUUUGAGAAAAUGGAAGAGAACGGCUGUUCACCUGACCAUUUCACUUAUAACACAAUCAUUCAAGGCUUCUUGCAACAUAAUGAGACAUCAUGGGCAGUGAAGUAUCUCAAGAUAAUGGUUGACAAGGGUUUCUCAGCAAAUGCAACCACUGCAACCAUUUUGAUCGACUUGAUGUUUACUAAUCGAGCAGAUAAAACAUUACAAGAUCUUUUUUUAUGCUGUGACUUUGAUGAGAAGCUUCCUCCAUUCCCAUCAGAUGAACCUGGAAGCAUAUGCCUUAUUGGGGAGCUUUUGAAGCAGAAGAUGGUGCCUGAAAAGAUUGUCCACCAUAUUGUUCAGGAGCUUUUGGAACAAGAUGCUAAAACAUGCCUAGCAGAGGAGAAUGUUGAUACGAGGCUCAUAGGUUUUGGGGGACCGUCCCCACUGCAUCAAUCACCAGAUCUGCUUCUUCUUCUUCCUCAGGAAAUGGCUGCGACUGCUAAGUCUCUUACUUUCUUUUUCAAUCAUUUGCUUCUCGAUCCUCAUUAUUGUCGUGUAAGGGUUUCUUUCCAUCCUCUAAAUUUUCAUUAUUACUGUCGUUGUUUUAGUUCAACUUCUGCUAAAACUACAAAUAGUGGUAGAGGUAAUGUUGAAAGCCCCAGUCAGUUCUUGAAAACUGUCAGAGAUCGAUGCAGAUCUCGCCGCUUUAGGAAUCUUGAUGAUGCCUUAGCCCUGUUUGAUAGAAUGCUUCACAUGCACCCUUUGCCUUCCAUUGUCGAUUUUAAUCAAUUGCUGGGUGCAAUCGCAAGAAUGAAGCAUCACUCAACUGUUAUUACUCUUAUUAAAGAAAUGGAACUGUCAGGAAUUGCUCCCAAUGUUUAUGUUCUGAGUGUUUUGAUUAAUUGCUUCUGCCAUUUGAACCGGGUGGAUUUCGGCUUCUCUAUUUUAGCAAGAAUUUUGAAGCUUGGUUUUCAACCAGACUGUAUAAUUCUAAACACUCUUGUCAAGGGGCUUUGUCUUGAGAGUAAAAUUGUUGAAUCUGUGAAGUUGGUUAACAAAAUGGAGAAUAUAGGCUAUAAACCAAAUACAGUUACCUACGGAACGGUAAUGAAUUGUUUGUGUAAAAUAGGUAAGACAAAUGAAGCUGUUGGGUUGCUUCGGAAAAUGGAAGAAAGAAAUCUUGAUCUUGAUGUAGUGCUGUAUAGCACAAUCAUUGAUAGUUUAUGUAAGGACAGAUUGGUAACUGAGGCUUUGACUCUUUUCUCUGAAAUGACAAAUAGAGGAAUUCAGCCAGACGUUGUCACUUACAAUUCUUUAAUUCAAGGCCUAUGCAAUUUCGGUCGGUGGGAGGAGGUAACUAAACAAUUGAAUGAGAUGGUGGAAAGGAAAAUCAUGCCAAAUGUGAGGACAUUCAACAUAUUGGUGGACACAUAUGGCAAAGAGGGGAUGUUGAUAGAGGCUGAAAAAGUUUUUGAUGUGAUGAGUCAGAGAGGCAUAGAGCCUAAUGAGGUCACCUACAAUUCUUUGAUUGACGGUUAUUGUUUGCAAAAUAAAAUGGAUGAAGCUGUCAAAGCAUUUAAUACGAUGGUUCGAAGGGGUUGUUCGCCUUCUGUUGUUAGCUAUAGCAUAUUGAUCAAUGGAUUUUGUAAGAACAAAAAAAUUGACGAGGCAAUAAGUCUACUUCGUGAAAUGUCUAACACCGGAAUUUUUCCCGAUGUUGCCACUUACAACACUCUAAUUGGAGGGUUUUGCCGAGUUGGAAGACCUAAAAUUGCAUUAGAGCUACUCCACGAGAUGCAAGGUUGUGGCCAAUCUCCAAAUCUCCGAACUUGUGCUAUUUUGUUAGAUGGCCUGUGUAAGAAUCUACACUUUAUUGAGGCAAUGGCAUUGUUUAAAGAGAUGGAAGACAAAAGGAUAGAACUUGAUAUUGUGAUUUACAGCAUCUUGAUUGAUGGUAUGUGUAAUGCUGGGAAACUUACAACUGCAAGUGAGUUAUUUAUUGCUCUUCCUACCAAAGGUUUGCAACCUAAUGUUUGGACUUACAAUAUAAUGAUCAAAGGUCUUUGCAAAGAGGGACUACUAAAUGAAGCGAGGGAAUUAUUUGAGAAAAUGGAACAAGACGGUUGUUCACCUGACCAUUUCACGUAUAACACAAUCAUCAAAGGCUUCUUGCAACAUAAUGAGACAGCAUGGGCAGUGAAAUAUCUCAAGAUGAUGGUUGACAAGGGUUUCUCGGCAAAUGCAACCACUGCAACCAUUUUGAUCGACUUGAUGUUUACUAAUCAAGCAGAUAAAACAUUACAAGAUUUUUUUCAAAUAUUCGUGUGAAAGCUUUAUAGUUCUUCAAUGUGUAGGACAAAUUUCAUAUUCUAACCUUUGCAGAGCCAAUAUGUAAGGAAUAAAUGCAUAUUUGUUGCAAGUCAUUAAGGUGAUCUUCCUUUCCGUGUCUUUUGGACUAUUGUUGUGUAUUGCUAUUCCUAUUUUGUUAUGCUUUUUUACAAAUAUGUUUAGACUUGUGUUGUAAUCAAAAAAACUUUUAAAGAUUUUUUCAAUUAUUUUGUUGAUGCAGAAUAUUGUUCAUUUGGAGUUUGUUUGAAGCAUAUAGAUUAUUCAAGGAGAUGCAUGUUUGCUGAUUUUUUAACGAUGGCUGUUGUUUUAUCUGGCUGUGCUCAUCUGGGUUCUCUUGAAGAAGCACUAAAAUACACAUUUAUGCUAAAGUUCACUACCUUUAGUACUCAAGUCCUCAUGUCACAGCAGCACUGAUAGUCAUGUAUGCCAAGUGUGGAAGCAUACUGAACGCCUUACAGCAACCUCAAUCCCAAAGUCAUUAUUCUAAGUCAGACAACCAUGAUUGGCGUGGUCGUUCUGCUCAGCUUCCUGCCUCUGCAGAGGAGAGAUCUGAGAUAAUAAGGAGUUUUCUAAGGGAUUCAAGUCAAGGCCCGCAGGAAUUAAAUAAUGGCCAUUGUCAGCCAAACUCCCAAUUUGCAAGGCCUCAGAUCUUAGUGGCCAAGGGGAGCUUUUGGGACAAAAUGCUAAAACAUGCCCAGCAUAGGAGAAUGUUGAGGCAAUAUGUCAAAACUGAGUCUCUUCUGAAGGAAUAUUUCAGUGUUCAGAUGCUCGAUGAAGCAUUACAAUGGGCAGUUGGUUCUUGCAGGGGUGUUAGACUUUCAAGGUUGUACAGGAAGUUCUGAAGAAGGCGGAAGAUGAUAGUUUUCGGACGGCCAUCUUCGGUGGUGCUGCUGCACAAAUCAUUAACUCAAGGCCUUCCGGGCAAAAAGUAGUGGCAAUAUUGCAGGGAGCUGAGAUUCAGGCUUGUGAGAGUUUGCUCCCUUAAUUCAAGCCGGUGUUACUUUGGUCAUCAGAGGAAGCUAUGCAGCAUUUGGCAACUGCAGAUAUUGAAGAGUAGCCUUAUUUUACUGUCCAUACUUCUCCUUCGAAAAUUUUCCUACCCCUUUGAGUGAUAAUUAUUGAGUUUAUCAGAAAAAAAAUAAAAAAUAAAAAAAUUAUUGAGUUGUAUUUUUUUAACAAGUGAAGAACAAAAUAUCUUGUACCUCUAUCGAGGUACAGAAUUUUUGCAUUAAAUUUUGGAUUUAUAUGUGACAAAUACUUAGGUUUUUGUAACUGGUAAUUUUUGUGGGGCUCAAAUUUUUCUCUAUGGAUAAGGUUGAUCACUUUGUAUUCGGCUGAAAUGAAUGUCCGCAUGUUCUUGGAGAA